AUGAAUAACCAAGAAGUUACCUAUGCAGAACUCAGUCAGGUUAAGGGUUUAAGAAGACAGCAAGUGAAAGCUAAGGGCACUAAAAGUGGCGUUUCGGGAACAGAGCAGGAAAUAACGUAUGCAGAAUUAACUCUUCAAGAUGCUUCUUGGGAUCUUAAGGGAAUGGCAAGAACUACCAAUGGAAAGGAUUUACCUUCAUGUCCAGGGAAGCUCAUUGCUGGGAUCCUGGGAAUCAUCUGCCUUGUCUUGAUGUCCACUGUGGUCACAAUAGCUGUUACUCACUCUGACCCAUGUGGUCAUUGUCCAAAAGAGUGGAUUACAUAUUCCAAAAAUUGCUAUUACAUUAGCACUGUAAGAAAACCAUGGAAUGAGAGUCGGUUGUCCUGUGCUUCUAAGAACUCUACCCUGCUCCACAUAGAGGAUGAAGAGGAAACGAUAAUAUCUGUUUGCUCCAAAACUUCCCAGGUGCUCCUUGACUGGAUAGUGGUUGAUAUUUUUGGCUUGUACAACCCCUCAACCACAACUCAACAGAAUGAUGAUGAGGAGGAACUCCCAACAAAGAAAAGAUUCAGAGACAAUGGCUUCUCCCACAGAUCUAAUGGAUAUGGAUCGAAACAAGAGGUCAGAAAUAGACUUCAGGGUAGCAGUUAUGAAGAUAAUAUUCAGCCUAGAGAAAACUGUUAA